AUAUAUGUGAAAUGCAUUGAAACAGCAAUGUUUUACUAUAUAAUAAUCAUUUUUAAAAAAAUUAAAUUUUUUAAAAAUGUCAAAUUUGCCGCCGGCGCCCGUACGUCCCGACGUCACAGGGACUGGAACACGGAAGCCGGAUGCCCGCAUCGGCCUUAGGAGAUGGCCGGGGAUGCUGCAGGGGGCACAUUGCGGGAGCAAAGGACUAGGUAAGCGCUGCAGGGACUCCCUGAGCAACACCGCAUGGUAAGCCUGAGUGUAGCUCGGGGUUACCGCUCUUGCUACACUCGGGAAUACCGCCAGGGAGGUUA